AUGUCGGCCUCGCUUCCUGGCGCGCGGGAGCUUCCCGCUUCCCAGUAUGACCUUGAAACAUAUAUGGGACGGGUGCGCCAUACAAUGGGCAUUACAGACCCUACGACCCUGUUCGCGGGCAAGACCGGACUCGAGGCGGCCAAGAAGCUGGUGACGGAUUACAAGACGGGAAAGAUCGAGCACAUGUCGCCAUCUUUGUGGCAUGCGAAGAAGGUUGUUGACUCUACGCUGCACCCUGACACCGGCGAGCCCGUCUUCUUCCCCUUUCGAAUGUCUUGCUAUGUCCUGACCAAUCUCGUCGUGACCGCCGGUAUGCUUCAACCUGGCAUGGGUACAGUCGGCAUUGUUGGAUGGCAAGUCUUUAACCAGUCGCUGAAUGUCGCAUUCAACACUGCCAAUGGCAACAAGUCCUCCCCCAUGUCGACCGAAGUCAUGAUCAAGUCAUAUCUCUCUGCUGUGGGAGCUUCUUGCUCUGUCGCUCUUGGUCUUAACGCCAUUGUGCCUCGACUCAAGGUCACACCCUCCACCCGCCAAAUCCUCGGUCGACUGAUUCCCUUUGCUGCCGUUGCUACAGCUGCUGGCCUAAACACCUACCUCAUGCGCCGGGACGAAAUCGUCAAAGGUAUCGAUGUUCGACCUGUGCUUUCGGAUGAUGACAAGCAGAAGCUCAUCGCCGAAGGCAAGUCGGAACGAGACGUCCCUUCGCUGGGCAAGUCUCAAUCUGCUGCCAAGCUCGCUGUGUAUCAAACCGCAGCUAGCCGAGUCUUCACAGCGUCUCCUAUCAUGGUUCUGCCCCCUAUGAUCUUGUACCAUAUCGAGAGCAGGCAAGCUUGGUACAAGAACCUCCUGCAAAAGGAGUGGGUGCGCUCACGGCCAGCACUCGUCAAGGGUAUUCCCCUGGGCAUCAACUUGAGCUUGAUCGCCCUCACCUCCUUCGCUGUACUUCCUUUCGCUCUGGCUGUCUUCCCACAGCAACAAGAAGUGAGCGCUGAAUCACUCGAACCUGAGUUCCAUGGCAAGGGAGGUAGGAAUGGCAAGGUUGUUUUCAACCGUGGCCUGUAA